UGACUGGGUAUGGUGGAUGGAAGCCUUAAGUAUAAACUUGCUAACUAUCGAACAAAACUCCGACGGCUUGGAUGCCCCGAAGUGACUGUGAAUGCCUUAACACACAAACCUGAGAGCAAAUGCAGUCCUGCAUAUGGUGUAAAGAAGCCGAAAAAAGUCGAAGUGAAUUACUGCCCCACCUAUCCGGCUGGUGAAACACCAAAGACACUAGAAGAGAUAAGAGUGGCACUCCUCUCAGAAGUAAAUAAGAGAAACAAUGAGCACAAGUUGGCGGCAAUGAUGGACAAGACCUUUGCACUCAGAAGGCAAGAGGUAGUUUCGGAGGCCCCCAUGAUAGCUGAUUUCAAAAUUAGGUGGCCAGCUCUCUUCAGUGUGCGUGAGGUGAGUACAGAGUUCAAGAGAAUCACAACGAUCCAUUUGCAGUCAAAGUUCUUCUACGAGCUUGAUGUUCACUCUGCAAACCUGAUGAAGGCGUAUGCCAAGAAAGGUGGAGUUCAAGGGAAAAAAAUCAAGACCAUCAUGGCACCCAUAACCCAGACUGACAGUAUUGAAGUAAGAAGAGAAUGCAUCCUCAAAGGUCUCUGCGUGUACCUUAAUGAAGAUCCAGAGAAGCUGGUGAAGCAAUACCUGGCUGUUCCCAGAGUGCUGUAUCAAGGCACCUCAGUGGGAAGUCUGUGGGACCCCAAGCACUUCAUGCUUCCAUCUGCUGAAAAGCUUUAUGGAGAUGCACCUGCUCACAAUGCCAAAACCACUGGUAAAUGGUUUACUGACCAUGGUAUUACUGUGCUCAACUCUCCUGACCUGAACCCCAAAGAGAAUCUGUGGGAUAUUGUGAAGAGAAAGUUGAGAGACGCAAGACCCAACACUCUGGAUGAGCUUAAGGCCGCUUUCGAAGCAUCCUGGGCCUGCAUAACACCUCAGCAGUGCCACAGGCUGAUUGCCUCCAUGCCACACCGCAUUGAAGCAGUCAUUUCUGCAAAAGGAUUCCCGACCAAGUAUUGA